AUGGAAAGUUUCUCAAAUGAAGGCUCAGAACUAUCCGAACUGGAAUUGGAUGAGUUGAUCACAACGAAAUUUUUCCGGCUUCUUCCAUCGGACACUGAUUCGGAGCUAAAACCAGAUGACGUUGAAGAUGAGAAGAUUGAGACCGCCCGAGCUGUUGGAUCUCCAAUGAAUCUGUGUUUGAGUCCAAUGAAUACGGAUCAUCACGUGAUUCUAGAUGAUUCUUCGAAGGAUGACACCGUCAAUCUUCUGAAACGAAUUCAGAAUGCGUCGGAAAGCUCUUUGAGAAACGUGGCAUUAUGGGAUGUGUUUGAGAUUUCAAAGAAGAAAAAGAAUACAACGAGAAUCUCGGAAAUGGACCUUAUCAAUCAGAUAAUCACUGAUUUCGAUAAUCGUCCAGCUCUUCUUCACAUCUUCUGUCGUCGUCUUAUUGAAUCGGAUAUUCAGAUGAUCAUUGGAAAAGCAUUGCUGGAAGGAACGCCUCCAACGAAGCAUCGUUCUGCUCUUCGAAUGACAAUUAAGACUGAUAUGCCAUUGAAACAAUUGAUUGGUCAACUCGAGCACAUCUGGAAUUCCUCCCCGACUAUUGAACUUGAAGACGCCUAUACAACUGCACUUCAAAAGAAUCUAAACAUGAGCAAUAAUAAGUACCGUACUCCGAUGGUCAAAGACUUCGCAGAGUUGGAACAUACAAUUUCUAUUCCCUCUAUUCCCCCUAUGAAUUCAUCAACUCGAUUUAUUUUCAAUUUAGCUGAUAACCCAUUUAUCACUCUCAACGUGGAUUAUCAUAAUGAGGUGGAUGCAUUUAAAAGGCGUCAUAAGACAAUCGUAAUAGAACAACUAGUGAAACCUGUUCCAGGGACUCUUCCAGAAAGACGUGUCACUUUUGGAACUCCUUUAAUCGAAAAGAUUCAUGAAUUCGAAAUUGACGAAGGUGCUCCAUUCCAUUCGCUCAGAUUCAAAAUCUUCAAUCUUAACGAAUACUUGGAAUCUAUUGGAAAAACUGGAGGACCAUUCGGAAAUGCCACUCUCAGUCAAAAUCAAGUUUAA